AGUGUUGCGGUGGCUUCUCUCUGCGCCCACUGCCAGCUCUUGGGGCGCAGAGAGGGACCUCACCGCCCCUGCCUCGCACUCUCCUCCUGCUGCUCUUCAUGUGCCCAGGAGCCACCUUUCCCCUUCCUCAGGCCACCGCUUAACCCGGGGUCUAUGGAAGUAAUGGAAGGACCCCUUAAUCUGGCUCAUCAGCAGAGCAGACGAGCAGACCGUUUACUAGCUGCAGGGAAAUACGAAGAGGCUAUUUCUUGUCACAAAAAGGCUGCUGCACAUCUUUCUGAAGCCAUGAAGCUGACACAAUCUGAGCAGGCUCAUUUAUCACUGGAAUUGCAAAGGGAUAGUCACAUGAAACAACUCCUGCUCAUCCAGGAGAGAUGGAAGAGAGCAAAGCGUGAGGAGAGAUUGAAAGCCCAGCAGAACACAGACAAGGAUGUAGCUACCCACCUUCAGGCAUCUCAUCGACCCUCUGCCGAGGACGUGGAGGGUCAGAGUCCC